AUGGACGAUUCGUCGUCAUCGCCCUACUUAGUCCGCGGACGAAGCGCGGACGAUAAGGCAUCGUCCGCGCCAUCGGCCGCCCACUGUGGGCGACGCGGACGAUGCAACGAGUUUUCCACUCUCAACUUACGCUAUAGGGAGCAGCUCCGUAAGCACUGGGAUCAGGUGAACAAGCAAGUCAACCUGUUCGCGGCGGAGUACGAGAAGUGCUCGAGGGAGCAGGGAAGCGGCGAGAGCUUGAGCGAUGUGCGCGAUAGAGCGCUGUUGUCGUACCAGUCCCUGUACGGCGACUUCAAGCAUUUCAAUAUCUGGGCGCUCUUGAGGGAGAAGCAGAAGUUUCAAGAGGAUGAAGACCACCGACGCUGGUGGUUACAUGAGCAGCGAAAGCGGAACUCGUCCGGUGGACUUCAACUGGACGUACACAGAGGAAGAGAGUUCUGGCACACCGAUGCCCACCCGAUGUCCUAUAGGCGUCAAGGCUGCGAAGAACAAGAGGAAGGCGAAGGCGACAUCCUCCUCGCAAGUCGCCUCCCCAUCGCCGAUCCCGACCCCGACCCCGGCAGUACUUGCCUACUCGGAGUUGGCAACGGCCUCAAUGUCGCGGACGUUGUUGGACACGCACAACGCCCUCAUGAAGUGUACGGAUCCGGUCAGAGCCGAAUAUCUCCAAGGGUUGAUCGAUGAGCUGCGACGGAAGUUGGGAAUUUGGUAGAGUAGAACUUUUUUUUAUUAUUUCUAACUCGUGUAACUUUUUUUUAAUUAAUGUAGUAUUUGUCGUUUUUCACUUAA